AUGUUAAUCCCUAAGUCAUCUUUCGAGGUCUUGGAAGACACCAAGCCAGAUGAUGUCUCACUUCCUGCCUUUAUGGUCUCAACGACUCGGGGUUUUCUGGCACGUAUGGAUCCUCUCGUCACCCUCCCCCCUGAGUUUGAACCAGUCGAGACUCUACUCCAAGCAAUGCCUGUCCAAACUCAGUCAGGCAAACCUGGACUGCUUGCUACUGGCCAGCUAGGUGAUACCGUACUCAAAGACCUCCCAGACCUGACCGAACAAAUCGAAAAAUACCACGAUAACCUUCCCAUGAUGAAUGCCCUUUAUCGUGACUACUCAUUCUUAGCAUCGGCGUUUCUUCUAGAGCCAUGCCACUUGAGGUUCAUCAAGGGUGAGCCAUAUGGACUAGGGAGAUCUUUCCUUCCUGCUCAACUGUCUCGACCUAUUGUCCGCUGUGCUGAGUUGGCUGGAUUCAAACCCUUCAUGGAGUAUGCGGGUUCAUAUGCCCUUUUUAACUAUCGCCUUCAGAAUCCAGACGCGGGUCUUGAGUACUCUAACUUGCGCCUGAUACGGGCCUUUGAGCACGGUUUGGACCCUACCUCUUCCGAGGCUGGCUUCGUACUGGUGCAUAUUGACAUGGUAAAGAACUCGGGCCCCUUAGUUAGCGGCACGAUGUCAUGUCUGCGAGCGCUUGAUAAUGCCGAUGGGGUUUCAUCCCUGCAGCAGAGAAAGUCCUUUAAUAAAGGUUUGCACACCGUUGUAGAUGCGAUGAGAAAGGUUAAUGGCGUAAUGGAAACCAUGUGGAUGAAAUCUAAGCCGCGGUCGUAUACGAGCUUUCGUACUUUUAUAUUCGGCAUCACGUCUCAGUCCAUGUUUCCCGAUGGUGUUGUCUACGAAGACGUCAACGACGGCAAACCCUUAAGCUUUAGGGGUGAGAGUGGCGCGAAUGACACCAUGAUCCCACUGAUGGAUAACCUUCUUCAGAUCGAUAUGCCGGAUACUCCCCUCACAGAGAUCUUAAAGGAUUUCAGGGAUUACCGACCGAGUAAUCACCGCCAGUUUCUUGCUGAGGUAAAGAAGUGUUCAGAGGAACUACAUAUAAAAGAUUUUGCCCUAGCUAUUGGUACCGAACACAACUCAUCAACAGGAACCGAAGAUCUGGAAUUAGUUAAAGAGUCUCGACGCCUUUGGCUCCACGCUCUGAACCAGGUUCGAGACUUCAGGUGGCGGCACUGGUGUUUUGCCCGCGAGUAUAUUCUCAAGCAGACCUCGCAUCCCACAGCCACGGGAGGUAGCCCAAUCGUUACUUGGCUCCCAAAUCAACUACAGGCUGUCAUGGAGGAGAUGACGGAGAUUGCCAAUAGUGUCGGUGCGCGAAGUGGAUCUAUGGAACUUGGACCAGAGCAUCGGGACAUCAUGGACCUUGUUGAACGGCAGAAUCAAAGCUUGCAGAAGGAAGUAGAAAAAUACUGCAGAGAACGUGGUGUGGCUGCUUAUGGUAAAUAA